CGCAAUUUGCAACCACGGUUACUAGCCGAGCGCCUCUGCACCAACUUUUGGCUAAAAACGUCACUGGGGAUUGGAACAGUUGAACAAUUCUCCCAGCCUGAGGCUUCAGUCGUUGAGACGAUUGUAUCCUUCACAGCCCUCGUAGCCACAAUUGCAAGGAAAUUCUCGCGAGAAGCAGUCGACUCUCAUCUCCAGUCGCAGCCCACAAAGCAAUUGUCCCAGAAGAAGGUCUCGCUACUCGGCUGGAUCAACCACAGAAACGUCAUUGCGGUCUUGUUUCCCCACAGCUCGCCGAUCCCGUUCGACGGACACGAGCUAGCUGCUAAACCGACAGUUCAUCAGCAGCUCUCUUCCUUCACCUCCUCCCACUUUCUUCCGUCACCGUCAUUGCUCGCCGCUUUUUGUCACCUCGCACACAAUUCACAAUGGCAACCACAAAGCGCGACGUGAGGAACCACGUCCUCUUCGAGGUCGCUACUGAAGUCGCCAAUCGAGUUGGUGGUAUCUACUCGGUCCUCAAGUCAAAAGCCCAAGUCACGACAGCAGAGUAUGGCUCGGCCUACACUCUGCUCGGUCCUCUUAACCGCAACUCGGCGGCCGUCGAGGUUGAAGAGCUCGAGCCCAAAGAUCCUGCCAUGGUCGCGACUAUCAAGUCCAUGAACGAGCGUGGUAUCAAGACGCUCUACGGAAGAUGGUUGAUUGAUGGCGCUCCCAGAGUCCUCCUCUUCGACACUGGCACUGGCUACUACAAGCUCGAUGAGUGGAAGGGCGACCUUUGGGCGACUGCUGGCAUCCCUUCGCCUGCAGAUGACCACGAGACCAACGAGGCCAUUGUUUUUGGUUACCUUGUUGCAUGGUUCCUUGGAGAGUACGUCUACCACGAAAAGGAGCGCGCCGUUGUCGCACAAUUCCACGAGUGGCUGGCAGGUGUUGCUCUUCCUCUGUGCAAGAAGCGCAGAAUUGACGUGACCACCAUUUUCACCACCCACGCUACCCUCCUCGGUCGUUAUCUCUGCGCCGGCUCUGUCGACUUCUACAACAACCUGCAGUACUUUGACUGCGACGCCGAGGCUGGAAAGAGAGGCAUUUACCACCGUUACUGCAUCGAACGCGGCGCUGCUCAUGCCGCCGAUGUCUUCACAACAGUUUCGCACAUCACUGCCUACGAGAGUGAGCACUUGCUCAAGCGCAAGCCUGACGGUGUUUUGCCCAAUGGUCUGAACGUCAAGAAGUUCUCGGCCACUCAUGAGUUCCAAAACUUGCACCAAGUAAACAAGGAGCGAAUCAACGAUUUCGUUCGCGGCCACUUCUACGGCCACAAUGACUUCGAUCCUGACAAGACCCUCUACUUCUUCACCGCAGGUCGUUACGAAUACCGCAAUAAAGGUGUCGACAUGUUCAUCGAGUCGUUGGCUCGUCUCAACCACCGUCUCAAGGCAGCUGGCUCAGACAUGACCGUUGUGGCUUUCAUUAUCAUGCCCGCACAAACCACCUCGCUCGCGGUUGAGGCUCUCAAGGGCCAGGCAGUUCUCAAGUCUUUGCACGAUACUGUUAGCUCCAUUGAGAAGAACAUUGGAAAGAAACUCUUUGAGCGUUCUCUCGCAUGGCAUGAGGGCCAGAACCCACCUGAUGAGACGGGUCUGUUGACCGCAGAAGACAAGGUUUUGCUCCGCCGUCGUCUCUUUGCCAUGAAACGUUCCAACCUGCCCCCCAUUGUUACUCACAACAUGGUUAAUGACCAGGAAGAUCCCAUUCUCAACCAGAUCCGUCGUUGUCAAUUGUUCAACCACCCCACCGAUCGUGUCAAGGUCGUUUUCCACCCCGAAUUCUUGAGCUCCGGCAACCCAGUCCUUCCCAUGGAUUACGACGAUUUCGUCCGCGGAACCCACUUGGGUGUCUUCUCAUCCUACUACGAGCCUUGGGGCUACACUCCUGCCGAAUGUACCGUCAUGGGUGUUCCUUCCAUCACCACCAACCUUUCUGGUUUCGGAUGUUACAUGGAAGAGUUGAUUGAGAACGCUCAGGACUAUGGUAUCUACAUUGUGGACAGACGCAUGAAAGGUGUCGAUGACAGUGUGAACCAACUCACCGAGUACAUGUUCGACUUCAUUGGAAAGAGCCGCAGACAACGCAUCAACCAGCGUAACCGUACCGAGAGAUUGAGCGAUCUUCUUGACUGGAAGCGCAUGGGUAUGGAAUACGUCAAGGCCAGACAGUUGGCUCUCAGAAGAGCAUACCCUACUUCAUUCGAAGGUGAUGAGGAGCCUGGAUUCUUCGAUGGCACCGAGGUCAAGAUCUCUCGUCCUCUGUCUGCACCUGGAUCGCCCAGAGACCGUUCGGGCAUGAUGACUCCUGGCGAUUUCGCAUCUCUGCAAGAAGGUAGAGAGGGCUUGAGCACAGAGGACUACAUUGCCUGGAAGCUCCCUGAAGAGGAAGACGUCGACGAAUACCCAUUCCCGCUUACCCUGCGAAGCAAGACUUCAUCGACAAAUGGCACAGGCACCACAACGCCUACCAACGGUACCGCAAGCAACAUGACUAGCAACACUAGCGGCGCAGCUUUUUGAGGAGAUGUCCACAGCCAGGAAAGAGAAAGAAGAACGAUGAAACGAUCAAAAUGCAGCAGGAGGUCAAUUCUAUCGAUUGGCACAGCAUACUCCGACGGCUGCACUUUUUGUACACUACCAUGUAAUUUGCGGUUGCUAUUCCAGAGAUAAACUAUAUUUCUAUCAACGACGUCCAGAAAGCACCAGGAUGUGAUUGUGUGACUGUACGAUGGCUAGAAGAGUAGUGGCACGUUGACGACGAUUUGUGUUUUGGACGAUGGCGGACGUUGAUUGAAGCCGAGUCGAUCAAGAAUGAU